AUGGAUUCGGAAUUCAUGGAUUACGAAGAAGAACUAUACCAGAUUCUUGGGGGUAGCAAUACGAAAUCUACUCUACGCAUAAAACCGUCCAGGAAAUACAAAAAACCCCUGCCGCCGAUAUACGUCAGCCAUAAUCCGUUACAGAGCUUGGACACGACCGCGAUACCAUAUGUGACGCAUCUCCUCAGCCUCUCUACAUCUCAAGUCGUCGCAGGUUUCUGUACACCUGCGGAUUCCUUUGGACUACUUGCUGUCACUCAGUCGGAUCUCACUAUUCUACGCUUCUUCCCCGGUCAUCAACAAGGAAUCACAGAUCUAAAACCGACCCCCACUGAGCAGUCCCAUGGAAUAACAUUUUGGUCUUGUGGAAAAGAUGGACUUGUCAAGUACUUCGAUACAAGGUUGGAAGGAAAGGAGGCGAUGGUUUUGAGGGCUUCGCCUAAUCCGCAAGAGAUUUUCCUAUCCCUAGACAUAAGUGCAAGUGCGAAUAUGGUCGCCGCAGGAACCGAACGCCGCGCUGAAGAAGCAAGCAUUGUAUAUUGGGAUCCAAGAAAUCCAUCCAAGCCUCUGUACAUGCACACGUCUACUCACUCCGAAGACAUCACCUCCCUGUCCUUCAAACCGACCCUCACCGACUCCAAUCUUAUCUUAUCCGGAUCUUCAGACGGUCUAGUGUGCAUCUCAGACUCUCAUCAGAGUGAUGAAGACGAGGCAUGCCUUCACGUCGCCAAUUCCGGCGCCUCGAUAGCCCGUACGGGGUGGAUGAACCUUGCUGAGUACAAUGAUGCCAAGUCACCACGGUUGGAUCUAGUAUAUGACUAUGGAGACGUGAGGUCCGCAAGUACAGAAGCAUGGGAAACCGAUUAUAUCAUAUCAUCGCGCUGGCUUGGGUCGAAGAAUUCGCUGGGAAGAGGUGGUCUAUUAACUUGGUGUGGGGACAAUAGACAUAAUACUCAUAGUUGGAAGAAAUGGAAGAUGGAAGCAGUAUUGGAAGGCGCACAUACCGAGAUUGUGCGAUGCGUCUGCUGGAACGACGAGCAUGAGACCUCGGCCCGGGCUCAUAGUCCGAGUCCCUGCAAACGAGAUAACAUACUACCAUCUCCAUGA